AGCUGUUGAUCAGCUGGAUUCAUUCUGUGUCGGAGCAUCUGCAGACUACAAGCGUCCAAAACCAAACAUCCAAACACACCGGUAACCUGAACCGAGUCCACGGGCGCGCGGCCGACAGGAUUAAAGCGCGUUCAUGACGGAACACUGAAGCGGCUCAGUUAUGGAUGUGUUUGCGUUCUUCAAUCUGAACGAGCUCGCAUUUGGGCUGUCAAAACUGCCAAUGUUCCCGUAUUUCGACAUGGCACAUUAUAUUAUAUCCGUGAUGAGUCUGAGGGAACAGCCAGCAGAUGCUGCAUAUCUGGUGUUUUACUGUCCGCUGGAUGUGGUGUAUUCUCUGGCAUCUCUCCUGCCGCUGCGACUGGUCCUGACAGCCAUGAAGGAAGUGACGAGAACCUGGAAGGUUCUGAGCGGCGUCUCGCAAGCGGGCAGCAAAUACAGCGACGCUCUGUUCGUCAUGGUGGCGGUCGGCUGGGCUAAAGGAGCCGGAGGAGGACUCAUCAGUAACUUUGAGCAGCUUGUUCGUGGCGUCUGGAAGCCAGAAACUAAUGAACUUCUCAAGAUGUCUUAUCCCACAAAGGUGACCCUGUUAGGAGCCGUGGUGUUUUCUCUGCAGCAGUGCCGUUACCUCCCGAUUCAAACACACCAUCUGAUCUUCAUCUACACACUCUUCACAGUCACCAACAAGACGCGGAUGAUGCUGUUGGGUUCUUCAUCGCAUCCUCUUUCCUCACUGGAGUCGUUCCUCUACAAGACUCUGUUUGUGCGUCCGCUGACUGACCUCAGUGCAGAACACACACACAGCAAACACAACGGCUCCGUUCCUGAGCCCACAACAGCACAAACACACACCAAAGAAGCAGAAGCCAGCAAAAAGACCAACUGAACUGUGUGUGUGUGUGUGUGUGUGUGUGUGUGUGUGUGUGUGUGUGUGUGUGUGUUUGUGUGCGUGCGUUGCUGCGUGCGUGCGUGCGUGCGUGCGUGCNGCCAUGCAUUUACACACAUGUGCAUGCAUGAGUGUGUGUGCAAGUGUGUCCAGGUAUGCGUGUGUGUAUGCAUGAGUGCGAUUGAAUGCAUGUGUGCACAUGAGUGUGUGUGCAAGUAUACACUGUGUGAGCGUGCCUGUAUGUAAAUGCAUACGUGUUCAUAAAAGUGUGUGUGUGCAUGCAUGUUCACGUGAAUGUAUUUGCGUGUGUGUGUGUGUGUGUGUGCAUGAAUGCUUAUGCACAUGAGUGUGUGUGCGUGCAUACAUUUACUUGUGAGUGUGCAUGUACAUUCAUAACUGGGUGCGACUGUAAGGGUGUUUGUGUGUGUGUUUGUGUGUGUGUGUGUACGUGUACAUGUGCAAGUAAAUAUAUUUGCAUGUGUUUGUGAGUGCGUCCCAUGAUGAGUGUGCUUGUGUGAACAUGCGUGCAUAAAAGUGUGUGUGUGCAUGCAUGUCCAUGUGAAUAUAUGUUCUUGCAUGUGAAUGUGUGCGUUUGUGUGUGUGUUUAUGUUUGUGCGUGCAUGUGCUCUUGUGCGUGUGUGCAUGCAUGGUUUGUUCACGUGUGCGUGUGUGUGUGCGCACAUGCAUGCAUGUGCAAGUGUAUGUAUUUGCGCGUGUGUGUGUGUGCGCAUGCAUGAAUUUACAUGUGUGUGCGUGUGUGUGUACCCCGACGUGUGAUUGUGCUUAUGUGUGUAUAUGCAUUCAAUCAUGCAUAAGUGUGUGUUUGCAUGCAUGUUCACAUGAAUGUGUGUGUGUGUGUGUGUGUUUGUGUGUUUUUGCGUGUGUGUGUGAUUCUGAUGUAGCAGAGACUCUCCUCUAUUUCCUGCACCUGAUCUUUUACUGCACAGACACUCUUUUACCUGAUUUCUGAUGCUGUGUGUAUAUAUUUGCUCUUGAUUGACAGAACCUCUCUUCUUCUCUCUGCUGUAAUGGGGACGGGGAUAUUUUAUUAUCAGAUUAUUUAUACUGCAUUUGUGAAUGCAACAAAAGAGUGUGAUAAUGCUGAAAUCUAUUUUACUGUAAAGAUGUUUUGAAUGCAGAAAUAAUGGAGUAUAAUUGA